UUAGACUCUGCUAAAACUGCUUGUAUUGUAGGGUUCUGGCAUGGGCGACAAAAUUGAUAAAAGCAAGUUUUCGCUUGAUCUACAACGCGAAAAGCGAAAGACUCCGCCAUCAUUUUUACCCGAAUUGCCCUCUGUCAAUAUCACCGGUGUUGUCACACCUCUGGGGCAACCACUGGCUUUAACUCCUUGCGUAUUAACAGCUGAGGACAUGCAAAAAAUUGGUGUUGCCACUCCAGAUAUGGAAAAGCUGUUUCUGAAUAUGAAUAACGUUGUUAGCUUGUCGACAGCGUCAACUCCGCCUCAGCUUGUUAGUAACAGCAAAAGCCUAACCUCCGAUAAAGAAGAAUUCUGCAAAGAGUUGUUACAAAAUAUGGAGGCAAACAUGAAAAGCAGAACAGAGCCCUCAACUAGUUUACCGUUGAGUGACCCCAGUGUAACUGCAGGUGGAUUACAAAUCACAUCCUCUGCCGCAGCGGAAUUGCUACGAACGAUAAAUUCUAUCAAAACAGUCAAACUUCCCUUGACGGGAGCGACGUCUGCUAUUAUUUUACCUAGCUCCAAUCUGACUGCAGCUAAUGUAUCUAGUUUGUUUUCGACCACAGCAAAUCCAACUCCAGUUGUUAGACCUGCCUCUAGGAUGAACGUAUCUAGCACAGAUUUGAUGAACUCCGUGCACAGUGCUUUCGGAUCACCAUAUCCAGUUGCAAUAGUAAAUCCACAGCCACAAUCGAGCGUUGAUAGAAGCUCGGAUAUGAACAGCCAGUUAGCAGCAACAGUUUUACUGGGAAGCACUCCCAGGGUACACUCGACGACUGCUCAAAGCUUAUCCGCCACAGCAAAAUUCAGGGACAUUUCUACAGCGAGCAGUUCAAGCAGGACUCACUCGCAAAUUUUUUCGAAGAGUGACUACCAGGAUGAUAACAACUCAGACUACAGUCUAGACGACGAGUACGAAGGAGAUGAUGACGAUUCACUGCCUACACAGGUUGGUUUCUCUUCUGGAAGAGGCAGUGACGGAUCUACAUUGACGUCAUCGAUAAAUCUAGAAGACCAGGAGUGUAUGAAGAGGGAGAGGAAGAGGCUGAGAAAUAGAAUAGCGGCCACAAAAUGCCGACAGAAGAAGAUAGCGAAGAUACAGGCGUUCGAGGACCAAAUCAAAGAGCUGAAGCGAAAACACGAACAACUGCUACUGGAAAAAGCGAGUCUGAAAGAAAAGACAUCGCUACUCAAGGAAAACGUCCUCUUUCAUGUCAAAAAGGGAUGCAACGUUAUCAUUGCUCCAAUGGCUCUAACAGAUUAAUGUGACAAAAGCCAGUUCCGGGUACAAGUAUGAAAGAUGGGUCCAGCCAAUCAAAUGAAAAACACAAAAAAUUACAAAUGCAGAAGCUGUUUUCAACGAUUUAAGGCACAUGAAUUUUCUGUAAGGGAUUGAUCUAUAGUUCAGGGACCCAGCUAUUAGACUUGUACAGUUCCGAAAGAUUCGAAUGUCUUUCAGUUUCUUAACAUGUACAAAUACAACAAAUUCGGGAAAAAUCAGUGAAGUUUCCUACCUUACAUGGUCUGGAAUUCAACGGAAUUCGUUUUUUUGUCGGCGCUUUUCUCUACUUAGUUUGAGUUUGCUCUAAAACUAUAACAGGUCAAAGGCUACCCUUUUCAUUGGCGCUUGCAAAUUUUUCUAUAAGUAUAUCUGUACCAAAGUUAAUUUUCAAUUCUAACAAAUUUUAGUCAAUUCAGCUGGAAGUGUUUACUUUCCGAUGCCAAUCGAACAGAUAGAAGCAUUUUAUUUUAUCAUUUCACUCUUUAUUUGCAUUGCAUGUCAAACAUGGUACUGCUAGUAUAAUUCGGUGCUAAUCUGUUUUUUUUUCACUUGUUAAAUUUAGAUGUAAAAUGAAAACUGACGUUUGAUGUGAUAAUCGUUUGCUGAGCAAUUCAAACCAAAACGUUGUUUUCGCCACCGGGAAUCAACUCGAUCUACGCAAUCGCUGGACGCUUGCACCCCAAUGCAUGCAAUUGUUGCUUGCUAGAAAGAUUAACCAUCUGGGCCAAAAAGUUGAAAUCGCCAGUGUUGCACUUAUUAUUUCUCAAAGAAAAAUCAAUUGCCGCUAAAAUGGUUUUGGCCUAAAUGACGGCUGAUGAAAUCAGCGACGUAUCAUAACCAACUGCUAUAGUCACCUAGAAUAGAAUUGUUGCAAUUUAAUUUUUAAAUAUAAUAUUACCAAUCCUAGUUCGUGCUCGUCUGCAAUUUGCAAUUGAAAUAUGAACCAAUUACGAAUGAUACUUUCUCAAGUUA